AGUUCAAGUGGAUUUCCACCUGCCAACUCUUCGUGGUAUUUCUCACUGUAUCAGGAAUCAACACAGGGACACUUCCAAUCCAAACUGUGCUGUGUACUUUUCUAUAACCGGCAUUGAUUACGCAGCAGCCCUGACUAGUAGUGGAAACUGAAACAGCACUGCUUGGAUGCUUCGUUCUCACUUUUUGAAGUGAAAAGAGAAAUGCUUCAGCAAUUUGGGACACAAAACUUUUAGCAGCAAAGCAUCUGAGGAAACCCCUCAUAAAAGAACUUAUAUCUGUACAUCAUUAAAAAUAUAUGUGAUGGAUGAAAAUGAGCAGAUCCUACAGCAAAUGAUGAAUAUUACAUCAAGGAGACUACAACAUAUAGAGCUGAAAGAGCGAUACCGAAUCACAAAAGAGCUGGGUAGUGGCUCUUAUGGGCAUGUGAUACAAGCUGAACAUAAACUACAAGGCAAAGUUAUGGCACUAAAGUUAAUGAAAAAGACAAAGACGAAGAAGGAUAAUUUUCUAAUGGAAUACUGUGUAUCAUUGUGCCUUUCCUCACAUCCCAAUAUCAUUCGCACAUUUUCGGUGGUUUUUGAAACAAACAAAUAUUUUUCAUUUGCCCAGGAGCUGGCACCUGCAGGAGACCUCUAUUCUAUCACUUUGGCUAAAGUUGGACUCCCUGAGACAAUCGUAAAACGAUGUGCCAUGCAGUUGGCUGAAGCUCUAGACUUUAUGCAUAGCAAAGCUCUUGUUCACAGAGAUGUAAAGCUAGACAACGUUCUUAUUUUUGAUAAAGAUUGCCACUGUAUAAAGCUCGCAGACUUUGGAUUAACACGACUUGAAGGUUUUCCGGUGUCUCCAAUGAAAGGGAUUCUCCCUUAUGCACCUCCAGAGCUUUGUAGCUUAGAAGAUAACGAAUCCCUUGAACUUGACUCCAGUCUUGAUGUAUGGUCUUUUGGUAUCCUUCUGUUUUGCAUUUCCACUGGGUACUUUCCUUGGGACACAGCAUUAAUGAAGGACAAGCAGUACGAAGAGUUUAAUAAAUGGCAGAGCUCAGGGGAUAAUAACCAAAAUAUUCCUUUUCAUUGGAGGCAAUUUACACGGCAGGCAUUACACAUGUUCCACAGACUACUUUCCAUUAACGCAAACAGAAGAAGCCCAGCUAUUGAGAUCCAAAAAUAUCUAAGUGUCCCAUGGAAAAUGAACAGUGUGAAAGAUAACAGUAACAUACAAGGCAAUUCAAAUAAUACAGAACAAUGUGUUGAUAACAUGAACCUAAUGCAAGAUACAACUAGCACUGACAUGUCAACCAAGCAUUUUUCCAUACCUUCCGAAGAAAAAGUGCUCACCCCUGCUGCAAACAUUUGUGAGGACACGGACCAGGACUUUAUGACACAGUAGCUAGCAUGCUUGUUACACACUGUAAUAUUCUUAAAUGUUUUACUUUUGUGAUUAAUGUCAUAUUAGUCACAAAAGUGUGCCUUUUUUCUAGAUAAGGGUUUACUUAUAUACAAAUAAGCCUGAUUUAUUAGUUCCAGAUUUUUUUUCUACUUACUGUUUUGUUUCCUUUUUAUAUUUUCUUUCCUGAUUAUUUAUACUGAAACAAAAAUAAAAAAAAAAAUCAGCUUUUAUUGCUACCCUUUUUACUUCCCCCCACUUAGGCCUCGUACACACGAGGGGACAUGUCCGAUGAAAACGGUCCGCAGACUGUUUUCAUCAGACAUGUCC